UGUGGCGGCCCCGCCCCGUCUCUUGGAACUGCCGCGGUCGCCACCGCUGCCGCCCCCGCAGCUGUGGGGGACUGGCGCGGUUACGCAGGCGAAAGGCGCUCUUUCCCUGCUGAAAGUACCCUCAGAAAAGCAACCAUCUCCCCAGCCCACCAUGGCGGACGAAAUUGAUUUCACUACUGGAGAUGCUGGGGCUUCCAGCACUUACCCUAUGCAGUGUUCGGCCCUGCGCAAAAACGGUUUCGUGGUGCUCAAAGGACGGCCAUGCAAAAUAGUGGAGAUGUCAACUUCCAAAACUGGAAAGCACGGUCAUGCCAAGGUUCACCUUGUUGGAAUUGAUAUUUUCACGGGCAAAAAAUAUGAAGAUAUUUGCCCUUCUACUCACAACAUGGAUGUUCCAAAUAUUAAGAGAAAUGAUUAUCAACUGAUAUGCAUUCAGGAUGGUUACCUUUCCCUGCUGACAGAAACUGGUGAAGUUCGUGAGGAUCUUAAGCUGCCAGAAGGUGAACUAGGCAAAGAAAUAGAAGGAAAAUACAAUGCAGGUGAAGAUGUGCAGGUGUCUGUCAUGUGUGCAAUGAGUGAAGAAUGUGCUGUAGCCAUAAAGCCCUGCAAAUAAAUGGGAACAUCAGGCAUGAGCAAAAUGUUUAGGUCUGGAUCAACUGCAGAUCUAAAGUUUGGUUCUAAGUUGUCACCAAAGCUAUGGCAUUCAUAAGCAACCUCAUUUCUUUUUUAAUUGUUUUGAAAUUGUGCUGAGUUAGUUUUGCAGGCAAUUCGUAAUUUAAAAAAAUGAUCAAGAUGUAUAAUUCUUUUUUUAAAAUUUUGUAGGUGUCUUUCCUAUAACUUUCCUGUGGUUUUCAGUAUGUAAGUCUAAGAAACAGACAAGAUAGCUUCAGAAGAUGUGAUUUGUCUGAGCAAAUCGUUCCUAAAUUUUAGUUAAAUGAUAAAUAAACCAGGGUUUUAAAUCAAACAAUGUAGCAUCUAGUGGUAUUGAAGCACCACAUUUAAGUUGAAUUGCUCUGCAUUAAUUUCAAACUUAAUAUCAUAGAAUAAGUAGAUUAUGGAUUGGAAUUGUCAGAGUUUCAGCAUGGGUGUGGCAAGUACAGAUCCUUAAAAAUCAUGUUAUCAAAAAGUGCCAUUUAUCUUAGUAACCAUGUGCAGCCCACCUGUAUUACCUCAGUCAUUCUGUUCUUUGCCAAAUUGCUGGUAGACUUAAUAUAACCUAUAUUAUGGUGAUUUUAGUACUUUCUUGUGGUUGACAGAGGCAUUAAACUGUUUUGUGACUGUUAGCAAGUCAUAUUGUAAGGAAGACACAAAGGACAAUGGCAAAGGAUGUUGGUUAAAGCUAUAGGUUUUUAUUUGAGGCCUUUGUAUUCAACAUAAAAAUAGGAAGUUUCCAUUUGUGUUUUUGCCUUUAACUCUUGUUUUCUCUCUUUAUUUAAAGGAGUGACCUGCUUUACAGGAUACUAUGCAGUACUUUUUAUUAAUUAUGUUGAAUAAAUGUUGGUAUUUGUAGUAGCCACUCCUUUUCAGCCAUUUUUAAGUAGACUUUUUUGACAUCAAA